GUUGCUCACCACCACCAUGGCUGCCGUAUCCUCAUCAUCGUCUGCUCCCGUUAUAAGCUCGACCAUCGCUUCCGGAUCUUCAGAGAAGAGUAUCAAACGCAAACUCGAAGACGCAAUACACAACUUGGACGAAGCAGUCGGGCCAUGCGCGACCCCCUUGAGUCAGCAACCACCUGCGAAGAGACCAAGAACAGGGAAAUCAUUGUAUGCGACGCUAGCGAAGUAUGGAAUCAAGAAAGAGACGAAAUCUAUAACCAAUGAAUACGAGUCUUUAUCUAAGGCGGCACCACAUUUGGCGGCAAUACUGGCACGGACCGCGUUGCGUACGCGAAAAGCACUGCCUUUCAAGCUCGCCCCUGCAGCACCACCAACAAAGGGCGCGACGGCGUCAACCACAGAAUACCGCCCAUCCUCAAUGCAGUCAUUCCUAAACCGCCUUUCCACCUUUAAACUAGCUACAUAUGCGAACAAACCAUCCGCGAUUGAUGCCGUUGCGGCAGCGCGGUGUGGCUGGAUGAAUGACGGGAAGGAUAGGUUGGUGUGUGGAAUAUGCGACAUCUCAUGGGUCGUAGCGGGGAGAGAGGGUAUGAGUAGAGACGCUGCAAAUGCUUUGGUGGAGAAGCAGCGGGCACAGCUUGUAGACAUGCACAAGGACGGGUGCCCCUGGAAGACGAGACAAUGCGAUGCAUCUAUAUACCGGAUACCACUGCAGGCCCCUUUGGCCAUGGCAAGAGAAGUCAAAAUGCGGGCCGUAGCACUUGACGCGGUCUUGCAAGGUGUCAAAAUCAAGCACCCUCUGACAACGACCCAAACACAGUCCCUUUGUUCAACGAUAUCCUCGGUCACAGUGCCAACAUUCGCAGUGCCCAGAUUGCAAGAGGCAGAUAAUGUUCACGACAACUUGGCACCGCCCCUCACAACGCUAGAAGCCUCUGAAACUGGCAUCAUAACUGCACUCUUCGGCUGGGCCAUCCUACCUCCUGCGCCACCGUCAGAAAGGUCGCGUACGCAUUCAUACUGUCGUGCAAGUUCGGUAGCCCCUGCGACACCGACACGAGCACUGUCUCGUGCACCAUCAGUUAUGUCCCUUCGGGAGAGUACGCCUACCCCCACCACCCCACGGCGUUCACCCUCCAUAGCGCCGAGCAGCCCAGGCCGGACAGGCACACUUGCCAAGGCAGACACAACCCUUCUCCACUGCGCCCUGUGCCAGCGGCGAAUAGGGCUAUGGGCAUUCAUCUCACCAUCUGUAACGAAUGGGACUAUUACGCCUGAUGCUUCCACAGUGUCAUCAACACGGAAGGCUCAGCCGUGCAGGCAGCUCGACGUGCUGCGGGAGCACAGGUCGUACUGCCCGUACGUUGUACGCUCAACGACUGUCCCGUCGUUGCCGGCUCCCCCUACAGAUGCCGGUACAAGCGCUUUGAUAUCCCAGUCAGCCGCGGCUCAGCCGGAUAACCAAGCAGGCGCCAUGGAGGGUUGGCGUGCUAUGUUGACUGUGGUACUGCGGCACGGACUCGCACGAAGGCAGCGCCUGAACGGGCUAUCUAAUGGACGGCGGAUUUCCAAUGACGAGAACACCCAACAAGAAGGCACUCCAAUGGAGGUGGACCGAGUGGAAGCUAUGGUUGCUGGUGUCAAGAGCCGUGGGGGCAAGGAUCUGCUGAAGUAUGUCAAGGGUCUUUUGGGUUGAGGAUACUACCUUGGACAUCGUGCACAAUUGUAUUUGUUGUUAAUUUCUGCUCUGCAUCUCUGCUUUCGACGGCAAUGUCCCUUUAUCUGCUU